UGAUUUGGUUGUUGCUCGAGCGCGUAUUUACUGUGACAAAAGUGAAGUGAAGUAGUUUUGUAGUAAMAUUCUUCUUUUAUCUAUAAAAUCUAAAUCAGAUGCGUGAGACUUCGGGAAUCUGUCAKCAGCUGUGCCAUCCGCUGGCAAAAGAGUUUCAACGAGAAAAAUUSUCGCUGACAUAUGAACCUUCAGAAGUUUUCUUCAAAUCUCAGUGGCAAAGCCAACCGAAGUCGAUUAUAUGGCUAAUCUAUCGUUGGCUCUUAGCCGCCACGUUUUCUGUCGGAGUGUUAGGCAGCUUGAUCCAYGCAUUUGCAGAGGGAAAAUGGUUUAUCUAUCUCACCGAUUGGGGGUUCCUUCUCUGUAUGUACACAAGCGUCUUUGGCGCUAUUUUGGUAACGAUCUUUUAUUGCAGUAAAGAUAAUGCUUUUGUACCACAAUGGGCGAUAAAAUUAUAUUGGGCUUCUUAUUGGACCACAUUGUCGCUGGCUACGCUUAUAACGUUCAUAUAUUGGAUAUUCAUUUUUCCAACUGUCAGUCAAAGCGGUUGGGAAGUAUAUAAUCUSUGGGCGCACGGCUUCAAUUCGAUACUGAUGAUAAUGGAUCAUAUGCUGGUGGCUUUCCCAGUGCGCCUAUUACACUUUGUCUAUCCACUAGGCUUGGGUGUAGUAUAUGGAAUGUUUACUCUUAUUUAUUAUUGGGCAGGAGGCGUCGAUCCCUUCGGAAACCGUUUCAUCUACGAGAUACUCGAUUGGUCAAAUGCCGGCGGCGCAAUAUUAACCAUWCUUGGUUGCGUAUUCGUAACCUUAGUAUUCUGCUUCAUACACUUUGGCCUUUAUAAACUGCGAACAUUUAUUUAUAAAAAGCGACAAAGCUCCAAAUUGACAUUGAGUGCUUAAUACUGAAUAAGAUUGCUACAAAAAGAAUUUUGGGGGAGACAUUACUUAAAUAUGUAUAUGUACGUAGAUAUAAGUAUAUUAGUCAAAGCAUGAAAGUGCUGUACCACAAAUUGUUGUCAUAUAURCAUACAUAUGUACAUGUAUAAAUUUUUAUAUUUAAAUUAUAAAAAGUAGUUUAUGUUUAA